AUGGAACAUAACUCAACACCGCCACCCAAUGUUAUUUCAACUCAACAAUUGAUUAAUAACAAUAUAUCCUUGAAGGGUAAACUAAUAGAUAAGCAUACUAGAUGCCAACAUUAUUAUUCAAAGUUGGAUAUAAUAGCGUUGAAGUAUAAAUGUUGUCGGGUAUAUUAUCCCUGUUUUCAAUGUCAUUUAGAGCUCAUUGACCACAAUGUUGAAAAAUUUAAUGUGACAGAUUUAGCCAUGGGGGAAAAAGUUGUACUAUGUGGGAAUUGUUAUAGUGAAUUAACAUUUAAAGAGUAUUCUGAAGCGAAAGUGAAGUCGUCAAUUCUGGAAAAUGAAGAUAUUUGUUAUAUUCAAACUUGUAUAAAGUGUAAUAGUCAAUUCAAUCCAAAUUGUUCAUUACAUUAUGAAUUAUAUUUCGAUUUACAGUGA